AUGAUCGAAAAGGACACUUCCCUCACGGCGAUUGAGAAGUUUCACUACCUUUUGACGGUGCUAUCUAAAGAUGCUAGAACGCUUGUGGAAUCUAUCGAGGUAACAGCCGCAAAUUACGGGGUGGCUUGGACCAUGCUACAGGAACGCUUCGAAAAUAAAAAGAUCAUCGCCCGCACUUUGAUGGAUGGAUUCCUCGAUGCUGAACCGAUGAGGAAGGAAUCGUAUGAUACUUUAGUGACACUCAUCGACUCGUACGAACGCAACCUGCUUCAGUUGAAGAAAAUUGGUCUUCCAACCAAUGGAUGGUCCCAUUUACUUGCGCAUUUGCUGUAUAAACGUUUGGAUGCAGAUAUUCAAAGGCAUUGGGAACGAUGUCACAAAUCUCGCGAGACACCGAAUUAUGAAGAACUAGUUAAAUUUCUGCGUGAGCAUCUCGCUACGCUUCAGCCGCUUGCGACUAUCAAACAUCGGGCACAAGACCAACGUCACGAUUCGUUGAAGCUCCCAACGAAACAAAGGAUUGAAUCCACGCUUACGACAAUUACCUCUUCAAAGCGAUCAUGUCCACUCUGCCAAAAACCGUCACAUUCUCCUUUCAAAUGCGAAUCCUUCAACAAAAUGAAUCCUGUCCAAAGACUUGAAGCAGUAAAGAAGGCUGGUCUUUGUCUAAAUUGCCUUUCCUCUUCCCAUUUGGUCCGGGCUUGUCCGAGCUCAGCAUGUCGAGUUUGUGGUCAGAGGCAUAACACGAUGCUACAUUUGCGAUCACCCAAUGGCGCAUCGAGCCAAAAUCAAGAAACGAUUCCAUCGCAACACGUCUCCGCAGUGCAGAUUCAAUCCAACCCUCUGGCAAAGAUAGCAGAAUCGCCAAUGCAAACUUGUGCUGCUUCGUUACAACCUCCACAAAAUCCUACCCAAUCCAACGCCUCUGCUAGCCGCUCGCCUGUUGCCCUUCCUGCAAGUUCGUCCGCUACCAGUAACGUAGUAUUCCUCUCAACGGCAGUAGUCCGAAUUGCAGAUUUGCACGGAAAUACUCAUCUGGCACGAGCUCUUUUGGACUGCUGUUCCGAACGAAAUUUACUUAGUGAACGUCUAGCACAAAAACUCGAUCUUCAUCUGCAUCUAGCUGAUCCAAAUUUCCACGAGCCCAAUCGAAUUGACGCUAUAAUUGGAGCAGAGGUGUACUAUCGUUUACUUUCGGAUGGUUUCGUUGAGCUCGGUCCAAACUUGCCGAUUCUCAAGGAAACCGUUUUUGGUUGGAUUGUUUCCGGGAAAUGUGACACAUCCCCCAGCCAACCACUUGCUACCAUGCUGGUAUGUAGUAACGCCGAUCUCGAAAUGCAAAUGGCAAGAUUUUGGGACCUCGAAUCCUGUCGGUCCGAAAACACACUUUCGGCGGAGGAACGCCAGUGUGAGUCGUAUUUCUCGGAAACAACAUACCGAGAUUUAAACGGACGCUUCGUCGUAUCACUGCCCAAAAGGGAAACCCUUCUCACUAGCCUUGGAGAAUCUUAUGCUACGGCUUUGCGACGUUAUUUGUCAUUGGAAAGACGGCUGCUAAUAAAGCCAGCUCUUCUGAAAGCGUAUACAGCUUUCAUUCACGAGUACAUUGCACUUGGGCAUAUGGUACAAAUCGACACCACAACCGAUUCCCUUCCACCUGGGAAAAAACCCUACUACAUGCCUCAUCACUGUAUUGAACGACCGGACAGCGUAACAACGAAACUACGAGUCGUUUUCGACGCUUCGUGUGCUAGUGACACUGGACUGUCCCUGAACGAUACUUUAUUGGUUGGGCCGGGCGUACAAGACGACCUAUACAGUAUGCUUCUCCGAUUCCGGCUUCAACGUUUCGCUAUUGUAGCUGAUCUGGAGAAAAUGUAUCGGCAAGUGUGGAUACAUCCAUCCGAUCGACACUUGCAACGUAUCUUGUGGCGUGAUUCCGCGGACGAAACAGUUCGAGCAUUCGAAUUAUUGACCAUAACCUACGGUACAGCAUCGGCACCGUUCCUCGCAACCCGCUGUUUGCAACAACUCGCCGAAGACGGGAAAUCGCAACAUCCCAAGGCAGCUAAAAUCCUGUUCAAAAUUUUUUAUAUCGAUGAUCUGCUCUGUGGCGUCACGACGGUAGAAGAAGGAGUUGAGCUAUGCAAUCAGCUGAUCAGUCUGCUGCAAUCGGCCGGUUUCAAAUUGCACAAGUGGGCAUCGAACAACCCCGUCAUUUUAAACAACAUUCCUACAGAAUUGCAAGAUGACCGACAUGUGCUGGAACUGGAUUCUUCGUCAUCAUCCGUCAAUACACUAGGGCUUCUGUGGCAACCUGACGAGGACGUCUUUCGCUUUCAGGUACCACGGUGGACCACGGACUCGCCUAUCACCAAACGGCAGGUGCUGUCCGAUGCAGCGCGUCUAUUCGACCCACUCGGUCUGGUGGGGCCGACAGUUCUGCGUUCCAAACUGUUUAUGCAGGAGUUGUGGUUGUCCAAGCUUUCCUGGGACCAGCCAUUAACCGAUACACUUCAAGACACCUGGAAGGAAUUUCGCGAUGAUUUGGAGGUAUUGCGGACUUUCUCAAUUCCACGGUGGGCGGUCUCUUACGCGGACCCAGCAACCAUCGAACUGCAUGGGUUUUGUGAUGCAUCCGAGCGCGCUUACGGUGCCUGUCUAUACGUUCGGACUGUAACCGCUACAGGAUCGACUUCGGUAAAUUUGUUAACCACUAAAUCGAAGGUAGCUCCCGCAAACACUGGAAAGGGCCAACGAAGAAUCUCUUUACCUCGCCUGGAACUUUCAUCGGCACUACUGCUCAGCCAUUUGUAUGACAAAGUGAAGAUCAGUUUUCCAGCUUCCACUCGUGCUUUCUUCUGGACGGAUUCAAUGAUAGUCGUUCAUUGGCUAGCCGCAUCACCCAACCGAUGGAAAAAGUUUGUGGCUAACCGAGUAGCCGAAAUUCAACAGACCACUACACCCGGAACCUGGGGUCACGUGGCGGGGAUCGAAAAUCCAGCCGAUGCUAUUUCACGUGGUAUGAGUGCAGCACUACUAAUCGAUUUCGACAUUUGGUGGCAAGGUCCGGCGUGGCUGCACCAACCGAAAAGAUUCUGGCCAAAUAUUGUUCGGACAUCCGACUGUAUCUUCGACGCAGAUCAACUAGAGGAGAAACCCGCAACCUCGCUACCAAUUGUGCACGGAGCCUUGAGCAUCUUCAAGCUGAAAUCAUCAUUGACCGACCUCGUUCGUAUAGUCGGUUAUAUUCGUCGAUUCAUCUCUAACGCAAGAGAAAAGGACAGAAGAUCCCGCCAGAAUGGACUACUCACCACAGUAGAGCUGGAGAUGGCUCUCCAAAACCUCGUACGAGUAUCACAGCAGGAAUCAUUCCCUAAUGACAUUGGAAGCAUAAAAUCGUCGGGCCAAGUGAAACCAACUUCAAAGCUCAAAUCGCUGUCCCCAAUUCUCGUCGACGGUAUACUACGAGUUCGAGGCCGCUUACACAAUGCUUCAAUUCCAUAUAGCCAAAAACAACCGAUGAUUAUUGACAGUAAACAUCCUUUGACGCUGCUGAUAAUACGACACUAUCAUGUUAAGUUUUUGCACACAGGACCUCAGCUGCUGAUGCCAGCAGUGCGAUCUAAAUUUUGGCGUACUAGACUUCGUAAUCUUGCUCGUACCGUAACUGAACGUUGCCUGAAUUGCUUCCGCUGUAAACCAAAUCUUUCGGAGCAAAUAAUGGCAGACCUACCCUCAGUCCGCGUAUCGCCAAUCUUCCCAUUCCUUAAUACGGGAGUAGAUUUUUGUGGACCAUUUCACCUGCGGCCAUUGCAUCGAAAGGCUGCUCCACAAAAAUGCUUUGUUGCAGUGUUUGUCUGCAUGUCAACUAAGGCCGUGCAUCUAGAAGUCGUUGGAGAUCUCUCCACCGAUUCUUUCAUCGCUUCACUGAAACGGUUCGCAGCCAGACGUGGCGUCCCUCAGACCAUAUUUAGCGAUAAUGCGACCAACUUUGUCGGAGCCAGACGAACCUUGAACGAGUUUUUGCAGCUCUUUCACACCCAACAGAACCGAGAUCAAAUUGUUCGACUGUGUUCGGACGAAGGCAUUCAGUUUAGAUUCAUUCCUCCACGUUCACCACAUUUCGGUGGUAUUUGGAAGGCAGCGGUCAAAUCCCUGAAAACGCAUCUCUACCGCACACUAAAGAAUGCCCUGGUGACCAACGAACAGAUGCAGACUGUUUUAACGCAAGUUGAGGCUUGCCUAAACUCUAGGCCUCUCACGCAACUCAGCAAUGAUCCGGAAGACUUGGAUGUUUUAACGCCAGGACAUUUUUAG